AUGAAGGGCCUUAUUGUUUUAUCCCUCACAGCCUCCGUCCUAGCGGCACCAACCGGGUCGAUUGAGCGUCGUCAGCCAAAUGGGAUGACCGCCGCUGCCCCCGCUGCCGUACCUGGGGUAGCAGCGGAGCAUCAUAUCCUGCUAAUCAAGGAGACAGCAGCGGAGCAUCAUAUCCUGCUACCCAAGGAGACAGCAGCGGAGCAUCAUAUCCUGCUACCCAAGGAGACAGCAGCAGAGCAUCGUAUCCUGCUACCCAAGGAGGCAGCAGCGGAGCAUCGUAUCCUGCUACCCAAGGAGGCAGCAGCGGAGCAUCAUAUCCUACUACUCAAGGAGGCGGCAGCGGAGCAUCAGGUAAUGCUACUCAGGAAAGCAGCAGUGGAGGAUCAUCUAAGACCGGAGGAGAUAGAGUUACUAAGCUCGUCAGCAGUUUUGUUGGGGGAGGUGGUGGAGGGGACAGUGGCGGAAAAAGCAGUGGAGGUAGCGACGGCGGAGACAGUGGUGGGGGAGGCAGUGGUGGGGGAGGCAGUGGUGGGGGGACAGUGGUGGGGGAGACAGUGGUGGGAAGAGGGAGGUGGAGGAGGAGAGGGCGGCGGUGGAGGAGAGGGCGGCGGUGGAGGAGAGGGCGGCGGUGGAGGAGAGAGCGGCGGUGGAGGGGGCGGGGCGGACGUCACCAAACUUGUCAGUGAUGGGGCACAGGCUUUAGGCGGCCUUGCUGGAGGCGGCGGCGGAGAGGGAGGUGGAGGAGGAGAGGGCGACGGUGGAGGGGGCGGCGGCAUCGGGGACCUUGUUAGCGGUGCUACUGAUGCCCUGGGAAACCUAGGCGGCCUUGCUGGAGGCGGCGACGGCGGUGGAGGGGGCGGCAUCGGGGAUCUUGUUAGCGGUGCUACUGAUGCCCUGGGAAACCUAGGCGGCCUUGCUGGAGGUGGCGGCGGCGGUGGAGGGGGCGGCGGCAUCGGGGACCUUGUUAGCGGUGCUACUGGUGCCCUGGGAAACCUAGGCGACCUCGCAGGAGGCCUGGGUGGUGGCCUCGGUGAUCUAGCAGGAGGCCUGGGUGGCCUCGGUGAUCUCGCAGGGGGCCUUGGUGGCCUCGCAGGAAUAUAA